AUGAACAAGGAACCUCUUCCUUCCUCCCUGGAGGACAACCCCCAAUUCCAGGAGGAGACGUCUCUCCAGAAAUUCCGCAGACGGCUCAAGGAGGAGCCCUUGAUCCCGCUAGGAUGUGCCGCCACAUGCUAUGCCCUCUACCGCGCCUACAGAUCGAUGAAGGCCGGUGACUCGGUCGAAAUGAACAAGAUGUUCCGCGCUCGUAUUUACGCCCAAUUCUUUACACUUGUCGCUGUUGUUGCCGGAGGCAUGUACUUCAAAACAGAGCGCCAGCAACGGAGGGAGUUCGAGAAGAUGGUGGAGCAGCGGAAGGCACAGGAGAAGCGGGAUGCUUGGCUGCGUGAACUCGAAAUCCGAGACAAGGAAGAUCGGGACUGGAGAGAGCGUCAUGCCGCCAUUGAGGCUGCUGCGAAGGAGGCUGGCAAGAGGCCAACGCCGAAGAUUCCAGAGCAGGACGCCGCUCGGUCAGCUAUUGAGCCUGCCGAUGAAAAAUCGAUCGGGGUACUAGCUGCUGUGAGAGAUUUAUGGAUGCGGCAAAAGUGA